AAUUUGCUAAGCUAUGCAAAGAACUGUAAUAAGGGGAUUCCAAAAUUACCUCCACACGACAAAACACCCCAAUGCCCUCUCAAUAAAUCAUAUUAUUAGCCCAAGUAUUUGCAUUGAUAACCACAGUGCUAACAAUCAGGAUACAAAUACUGAAUCAUGGAACAAUCUCAUUUCAAUUCUUUUCCAAUGUGACUCCAACACUGAUUUUGCCAUUUAUGAAGCCUCUAAAAUGCUCCAAUCUGGAUUUAAACCAGAUGGCUAUGGCCUCACACACCUGCUUCGAGCCUCAACUCAUCUGGGUUUGGACUCUUAUUGCCAACAACUUCACAGCUACAUUAUAAAAUCUGGGUUCGUCUCCCAUGUUUAUGUCUCUACCGCUUUGAUAGGAUUUUUUCGGAAAAUAUACUCAUUGAGUGAUGCUCACAGACUGUUUGUUGAAAUUCCUCAACCAGGUGUUGUUUCUUGGAAUUCUCUAAUUUCUGGGUAUGUGCAAUCCGGCCAAUAUCGUGAGGCGCUGAGUUUGUUUCUUGAACUUGAUAGGGAUACUGAAAUUUCCGCCGAUGCGUACUCGUUCACUGCGGCUUUAGCUGCUUGUGGCCAACUGAGGUUGUCGCUACUGGGGGCGUUGAUUCACUCAAAGAUUGUUAAAUGUGGCUUGGAAAAUGAUGUUGUUCUUGCGAAUUGCUUGAUUGAUAUGUAUGGAAAAUGUGGGUCUGUUGAAGAUGCAAUCCGGGUUUUUGAGGAGAUGAUUGAUAGGGACAUUAUUUCUUGGAAUUCAGUCAUAGCAGCAUGCGCUAGAAAUGGAAACCUUGAACAAGCCUUUGGUUUUUUCUAUCGGCUUCCUAAUCCUGAUACAAUCUCGUAUAAUGAAUUGAUAAAUGGCAUCGCUCAGUUUGGUGAUAUAGAAGAGGCUAUUAGCAUUUUGUUGAAUAUGCCGGACCCAAAUUCAUCUUCAUGGAAUUCGAUUUUGACAGGAUAUGUUAACAUAAAUCGAAUUCAUGACGCUCUAGAUAUUUUCAGUAAAAUGCAAGUAAAGAAUAUUCAAAUGGAUGACUAUACAUUUUCAAUUGUUCUGAGUGGUAUUGCUGGUGUCUCAGGUUUAACAUGGGGAAUGUUGAUCCAUUGCUCCAUCGUAAAGCAAGGUUUGGAUACUUCAGUAGUUGUAGUGAGUGCUCUAAUUGAUAUGUACUCCAAAUGUGGGCAGGUGAAGAAUGCUGAAUCAAUAUUCAGAUUGCUACCUAAAAAGAAUUUGGUAACUUGGAAUGCAAUGAUCACUGGCUAUGCUCACAAUGGUGAUGCGGCCAAGGUGAUCCAACUUUUUGAGCAAUUGAAAUUGUUACGGGAUUUAAGACCUGAUUGUGUCACAUUUCUAAAUGUAUUAGCUGCAUGUUCACAUAAUGAUAUUCCAUUGCAUAAGGCAAAUCAGUACUUCGAAUCAAUGAUUAGGGAUUACGGUAUUGAACCAACAGUUGAGCACUGUUGUUCCAUGGUUCGGCUCAUGGGGCAGAGAGGAGAGGUUGUGAAGGCAGGGAGAAUGAUAUAUGAACUGGGUUUUGGGUCAUAUGGCGUGGUUUGGAGAGCUUUACUAGGUGCUUGUGGAGCUUGUAAGGAUUUAAAGGUUGCAAAGUUUUCAGCUGCAAAGGUGAUUGUAUUGGAGGGUCACAAUGAUUAUGCUUAUGUUAUGAUGUCUAACAUAUUUGCAUGCCAUGGCAGAUGGAGAGAAGUGAGUAGAUUGAGAAAGUUUAUGCAGGACAGAGGGCUGAGAAAAGAAGCUGGUUGUAGCUGGAUAAUGUUUCUCCAUAUUCAUCAAUGGUAGGAUGAAUGUUGCAAACUUGGCAUACAAGGUAUGAGCCAAGAACCACAGUAAACGAUCUGAAACGAAAACACCCUGGUUAUCGUAUAUUGUUGAAACCAUCAUGUGCAAUUUCUAAAUCAGUGUAGUGAAAGUUAAGAGACCUGUUUGAUAGAACUCACGAAUGGCUCCAGUGCUUGGCACCUGUUCGACUGAAUCAAAGGUGAAUUUUGCAAAGCUGAAAGUUGGCUGUAGCAAAUAAAAUUUCUUUGGAAAGGUACAAUUCGCUCUUAGUAAACUUUGUGGGGGCAAAUAGAAACUACAAAAUCAAGAGCACAGAACUCAUGGCAUUCAUCGACUUGGCCAAUGGCAAUUGAGGCUGGCUGGCUUGAAGUAGCACACUUGAAAAGAUGACUACAUGAAUAUAUAGCAAGUUCAUAUUGCAAUGUAUACUAGAGGUGACAAUGGUUUUUUAUUGAAAAAUAGAGAUUUU